GUUACGGGCUCAGUGUGCCUGUUGUCCUUGGAGACGGAGCCGGGCAUGGGCGGCCUAGAGAGGCGCCAACGGCGGCGGGGCCCCUGGAGAAGCCAAGAUGCCAUCGAAGGGAAAGGACGAAAAGAAAGGGAAAGGGAAAGGUAAAGGCAAAGACAAAGGCAAAGACAAAGACAAGAAGAAGAAGAAGAUGAUAAAAGCUGAGGAAUCUGCCAUGGAGAGAGCCAAGGCCAAUGCCUCCCUUUGGGAGGCCAGGCUGGAAGUCGCAGAACUCUCUAGGAUUGAGUAUCGUGAUACUUGCCGGAGACUGGCAAAAUGUAAUGAAGAAUUAAAGAAACAACAGUAUAGAAUGGAGAAAGACACAAUGUCUGUAUUGAACUACCUGAAGAAACAGGAUCAGGAGAAAGAUAAUCUGAUUGAAAAACUGAAACAGCAAUUGAAUGAAACUGAGGAAAAAGCCCAAGAAGAGAAGGAAAAAUUGGAACAAAAAUAUACUGAGCUGGAGGGACAGUUCCAUCAAAAAGCCAGAGAAAUUGGCAUGAUUCAGACAGAACUCAAAACAAUAAAACAAUGCCAGAAGAGAAAAAUCCAAGUAGAGAAAGAAUUAGAUGAUCUGAAGGAGGGCUUAAGGAACACAGAGCAGAAACAUCAGGAGAUUCUUAGGAGAUUGGAACGCAGGUUUUUGGAAGAAAAGCACCGACUAGAAAAAGAGGCUGAGAAGAAGAUAAUAAUGCUGGCAGACAGAGCCCACCAUGAAGCUGUUGUGCAAUUGAACAAUGCUGGAAGAGCUGUUUUUAAAGAGAAUAUUUAUCUCCAGAAAGCUCUCGCAUACCACCUGAAGGAAGCCGAUGCUCUACAAAAAAACUCUCAGAAGUUGCAAGAGACAGAGACUUUUCUUUUACAGCAAAAGGAAAUCAAUGAUCUGUUGGUUAAGGAAAAGAUAACGCAGCUUACCCAGCAGAGAUUACAAAUCCAAACUCUUCAGAAGAAGGCAGUAAGCCUGGAGACUGCCCUGAGUUGUAUGACCAAAGAGUUUGAGACUGAAGUUUUAAAACUGCAGCAGCAGGCAAUGGUAGAGAACCAAGCGGGUCGGAUUGAAAUUUUCAAGCUGCAGCGUCUUCUUCAGAUGAAGGACAAGGAAAUGAAUCGAGUAAAGAAGCUGGCCAAGAACAUACUAGAUGAAAGAACAGAAGUGGAAAGAUUCUUUUUAGAUGCUCUACACCAAGUAAAGCAACAGAUCCUAUUUAGCAGAAAGCAUUAUAAACAGGUAGCACAAGCUGCUUUCAAUUUUAAAAUGAGAGAGGCGUGUGCAGGAAGAACAGAAUAUCCCAAAAUCCGAACAUUUGAUGGCAGAGAGCACAGCACCAACAGUGUGAAUCAGGAUCUUAUGGAGGCCGAUAAAUGGACAGAUAUUCAAGGAAAUAUGGACAUUGGAGAUUUGACCUGGGAGCAGAAAGAGAAAGUCUUGAGGUUGCUCUUUGCAAAAAUGAAUGGCUUUGUUCCUAGUUCAACAGGUCUCAACUUUAAGAGAAUGAAAUACAGCCAGAGUUCUAGACCUCCAGUUCCAGACUAUAUUGGUCCUGAUGAUGAAACAAUAAAGGAGUUUGGGGAUGAAAGGAAGCUUCAAGAUCAAACCUUCAUCACCCAGCAAGUGCCAAUCUUAGACUCUACUGGUGAACUGGUGAUACCCAAUAUUCAGAAAGGAUCACAAGAGUCUGACAUAAAUGCAAAAUAGCAAUUUAAGUACCUAAGGAUUUAAGACUUCAAACUGUAUAUAAGAGAAACUACUGACAAGCACUGCUGAACAACAUAUCACCUCACAGAAGCUGCUGGCAGGCCCUUCCUUGCAGAUUCCUUGUUCCUGAAUAUGUUCAAGAAAGUUUCUUAGAGGAAAAAUAUAUUUUUUAAACGUAAAGUCACCUGUUUGCCAUAGAAAUUGGUGUCUCCCCUGAAGGAAGCUCGAGAGCCAGUGAAUGAGAACAUUGGCAAAGGCACUGGAAUGGGCACAUUCACCCCGACCUAAAGCAGAACAAAUCCACAUCAAAUACUAAGAAAAACACUCAAACAAAGGAACUUUCCAUUUAGAAGCCCAAAUGCUUGGCAUCAGAGAGACCACUUUUAACUACCCACCUUCCACCCGAUCCUGCAUCCCAUGAGCUUUUAUUCCUGAGGAAGAAAUGGGGCACUGAGGGAGAUCAGAGGGGCAGUGACUGAUUGCUGUUUACCUUCUCCCCUUUCAUAGGAAACAGUAAAUGGCUACAAGAAUAUCCUAAGAAUUCUGUUCACAAACCUGUCCGACAUCUACCAGGUGGGAAUAUUUCCGAGCAGUGGCUCCAUUGGUGGUGAAGAUGGCAGUUCCAUUCCCAUAUGGGUUGUCAUUUACGAUCUUGAUGGCUUCAUCCAAAGUGUCUGUUUCCAGAACUACAAGGACUGGGCCAAAAAUCUCCUCUUUGUAACAGGUCAUAUUUGGCUGCCAGGAGUGAUGGUAGCAGAAAAGAAGUCAGUAUUUUUUGCUUAUCUGGUACUUUAUUACCCACUUGCUUAAUGAACAGCUUUUAUGUUAGUAAUAAUCUCUUUUCAUUUUAAAUCACCUAUAAAAAAAAGUCCUUUCUUGCUGUGUUCCAUCUUCCAAGCUACCAAUCAUAAAUAACUUGAAAUUCUAUUACUAUAACUAUAUAACUACACUCCUUUUCUUUAAGCACUGUAUUUUUAGGUCUCAUGACCCAUCACUAGCUUCCUGUUUUAUGCUUGUAUUACUUGUUU